AUAGUAGUCAUAAUUAUGCCACUCGUUCUCACACACACACACACUCCUCUCUUUCAAAGAGAAUACUGUUACGUACAAAAAUGUAUAGAGAGAGAGAGCAUACCCACACAUCUCAGAGAGAGAAAACCGGUCCUAUGCCCAUAUAGCAUUGGGCGCAACGAAAAUAGCAAACUGAGUGAAGCAGCCUUUAGAUCUGCCUUCGCUGUUUUCUCUCGUUUUAGUCGCUGGUUUUUCAGUUUCGACAUUAAAGAGUGAGCAUUUCAGUGAGUUUGAUUCAGCAUUGAUCCGCCGAGUCAAUUUUGCUCAGUGACUCGAGCGUUUCGAUUUUGUUUUAGCUUUUCUUAGCUCGGAAUUUGGAUUGCAUUGAUGGUGUUUUGACUGGAUGGUGUGUUUCCGGCGGCGGUCGCCGGAGCUCCGGUGAGCUUCUGGCAGAGCUCCGGCGAGUUCUUGACGAGUGAGAUCAGAAGGUAAUGUUGGAUUGAGGGUAAAAUAGGGAAAAAUGUUCAAGUCCGCGCGGUGGAGGAGCGAGAAGAACAAGGUCAAAAUAGUGUUUAAGUUGCAGUUUCAUGCAGCUAAGGUGCCGCAGAUUGGUGGGGAUGCAUUGAUGAUAUCCGUUGUUCCCGCUGAUGUUGGCAAGCCCACAGUUAAGUCCGACAGGGCAUUGGUUCGAGAUGGUAGUUGUUUCUGGGAGAAUCCAGUGUAUGAAACUGUGAAGUUCAGUCGAGAGCCAAAAUCAGGGAAGAUUCAUGAGAGGAUAUACUACUUUGUUGUAGGGACGGGGUCGUCUAAAGGUGGAGUUCUUGGAGAAGCCUCAAUUGAUUUCUCAAAUUAUGUGGAGAUAACUAAGGUUUCCUUGGUUGUUCUUCCCCUCAAGAACUCAAAAACCGAAGCCGUAUUAAACUUAUCAAUUCAGAGGAUGCAAGAGUCCAUUGAUGAAAGAGAGCUCGAAGAAACUGAGAGUGUAAAACUGAAUUAUAAAGAAAACAGCCUGAAGUCGCAGUUGGACAAUGGUGACAAAGAUGGACUCAUAAAGAGCAGUUCUGAUGAUGUGCUAUUGAACAAGACUGUUUCCCACAUUGUUGAAUUCAAUGGCAACCGUCGGGCAUCUAGUGGAUCUGAUCUCACGAUUUCAAGCUCUGACGGCAGUUGUGGAGUUGAGAUACCAUGGCAACCUCAGAUCAAGAAUGGCAGUGUUCAUCAGGAGCCUACUGCAGUUCUACCAUCUCUGAGGCCGAACUCUGAUGCACAACCUGCAGUGUAUGAAGAGCAUCAAAGGUCACAAUGGGAUUGGUUAGGUAAUUCUGCACUUGAAGUUAGUACAGAUGACUCGUCUGGCACUCCAAGAGACACUUUCCUAAGGCAGAACUCGGAUGAGUCUUCGGAUAUUGUGAUCGAGAAGCUCAAAUCCGAAGUUGUUGCUUUAUCCAGACAAGCAGAGAUGUCCGAGUUAGAACUCCAGACUCUUCGUAAGCAGAUUGUGAAGGAGAGCAAAAGGGGGCAAGAUCUUUUUAGAGAGCUUGCUUGCUUGAAAGAGGAAAGAGAUGCUCUGAAGGGAGAAUGUGAAAUACUCAAAGCUUCAAAGAGACGAAUGGACGAAGCAAAAACUAGAACAAAUUUGCGAAUUGAAGGAGGCGAGUGUAAUGUAAUCGUUGAAGAACUGAGGCAAGAGCUGAAUCAUGCUAAAGAACUGAAUUCCAAUCUCAGAGUUCAACUUCAAAAGACGCAGGAAUCAAACUCUGAACUAUUGCUUGCAGUGAAGGACCUUGAUGAGUUGUUGGAGCAGAAAGAUAGAGAAAUAUUGAACCUCUCGAGUGGAUCAUCGACUAAAGACACGGAUGAAAAGUCUCACGAAGCAGGCCACAAACGUCGAUUAGACAAUGACAAUGAUGACGAAGAACAGAAAGCUCUCGAGGAGCUCGUGAAGGAGCAUGAUGAUACAAAGGAAGCAUAUCUUCUAGAACAACAGAUCAUGGACAUGCGUAGUGAAAUAGAAAUCUACAAGCGAGAUAAAGAUGAGCUAGAGAUGCAAAUGGAGCAACUUGCUCUUGAUUAUGAAAUCAUGAAGCAAGAGAAUCAUGAAAUGGCAUAUAAGCUAGAGCAGAGCGAGCUUCAGGAGCAACUGAAAAUGCAGUAUGAAUGUUCGUCCUCGUAUGCUACUACUCAUGAACUUGAAAUGCAGAUGGAAAACCUAGAGAAUGAACUCAAAAGGCAAUCAAAAGAAUCUGCGGAUGCAUUUGUCAAAAUUAGUGAACUAGAAGCUCAUGUCAAGAGCUUGGAGGAAGACCUUGAAAACCAAUCACAAGGAUUUGAAGCUGAUCUGGAAGCUCUUAUGAGCUCAAAAGUGGAGCAGGAGCAGAGAGCUAUAAGAGCUGAAGAAACAUUGAGAAAGACACGGUCGCAAAAUGCUAGCACAGCAAAGAGGAUUCAGGAGGAAUUUAGAAGGCUUUCUGUUCAGAUGGCUUCUACAUUUGAGGCCAAUGAGAAACUAGCCGCCAAAGCUCUAUCAGAAGGAAACGAGCUUCGCCUACAGAAAUUCCAUUUAGAAGAAGCCAUCAAGAAAGCUUCUGAAGAACAUCAAUCAGUCAAGAGUAGUUAUGAGGAUAGUUUACAUCGGCUUGCCAGUCAGGUGAAAUCCAUGGCUAAUCAAAUAGAAAAGAUGCAGUCAGAAAUUGAUGAUAAAACAUUGCAGCUGGAACAUCAUAAAAAGCAGACUAAAGAAACCCAGGGGCUCCUCUCAGAUGAAGUUUUAAAGCUCAAGGAUGAGAUCGAGACAUGCAGGACUAUGAAUAAAACAUUGUUGGAGGACUUGGGGAGUAAGGAGAUACUUGUUCAUGAGUUGGAACAAAUGAGGAUCUCCAUUAAGGAAAUGGAGUUACUCAUGGAGCAAGGGGAUGAAGAAAGAAUUGUGCUAGAAAACAGGAUUACAUCAUUGAAAAAUGAUGCUGAGGACUCGCAGAAGGAAUUGAAUAAAAUGAGAUGUCUUCUGGAAGAAAAAGAAACGUUUGUUUGGAAAUUGCAGUCAGAGCUAGAGUCCCUUCAUUCACAGUAUACAGAAAUAAAGCAUUCUCUAUCAGAGCAUGAGUUGGAAAAUGAGGAGUUGAGGACAAAAGUUUUUCAAUUAAAAGAAGACUUGAAGAAGAACGAAGAUGCCUUCAGAAGCAUGGAGAAGAAGAUGAAGGAUGCAGUCAAAGCAACUUCAGAAACUACCAAGCCUGUUCCUCGUGGCUCCAAAGAAGCUGCAGAUCUUAAGGAGAGGAUUAAGUUACUUGAGGGUCAGAUCAAGUUAAAGGAAAGUACUCUGGAAAUAUCAAGUAAUGCGUUUCUUGAGAAGGAAAAGGAUCUUCAUUACAAAAUCGAAGAGUUAGAACGAAGAAUGGAAGUGCUCAACCAAACCACCAUUCAAUAUGAAAAUGAACUUGAAAAGAUAGCUGCGCUUGCAGACGAGCAGGAUCCAAAUGUUAGAUCGAUUGAAGCAGCAACAAAUAGUGAUGAAGAUUCAUCCAAUCUUAACCACCACAACGAUAACCUACCAGACGCACAAGAAUGUUCUAGGCAUCAUGAUGAAUUAACAAAGGAAAUGGAACUAUUGAAGGAGAGAAACAAGUUAAUGGAGGCAGAACUGAAGGAGAUGCAGGAGAGAUAUUCAGAAAUAAGUCUCAAGUUUGCAGAAGUCGAAGGCGAACGACAACAACUUGUAAUGAAAGUGCGCAACCUCAAGAACAAGAAGAAUCAUCGUAAUGUGGCCUAAACUUGUUCGGCUCAGUAUGUAGGUACGUUAACUGUGGCACUUGGGUGGCUUCAUAUUGACAGAUUUUGCAGAUUAUUUUCAAGAAUAAAUUCUUUGUAAAUUGUUAUGUAUCUUUUCUCAGAAUAUCUAUAUCCAUAUAUAUGUGGUUGUUUCUUCAUUUCAUUGAAUGUAAUACAAAAUCCUUAAGGGUCAUUUCCUUGCAGGAGUCUGCCUCAGUUAGCUGAUUCUUUUUUUCUUUCUUUAUCUGGGUCACUUUUUUUUUUUUUUUGUUCUGUAAUAUAUUUUGCUUUGUGAUCACAUGUAGAGACUGGUGAAGUAUUUGUUUAUGAAUAAUAUAUAUGCAAUUACAUCA